GAGAAGAAUAUGUUGUUAUCUUUCAUUCCAUCUCGAUACAGAUACUUUCCUUUUAACUACGCAAUAGACUGCCUUGCCGCUGAUGAUGAAUUUUCCGCAGAAAGACAUCUUGAAGCCCUACAUCUAUAUGGUAAGGCACUACGGGCUCUCCAGGAGCUAAUUGAUGAUGAAGAAACACGAAUGACGCUAGAAGCACUCUGUGGUGUGGAAUUACUAGGACUUUUCGAGAUAUUGAUAAUAAAAUGCUUUAACGGUAGCUCACCAUCACAUUCUUGGACGCGUCAUGCUGCGGGCAUAGCUAAACUUAUUCAAUUUCAGGGAGCCGAUCGAGAUCGAACAGAGUUUGAACUAGCUUUGAUCUCUGCCUUCGCUGGUCCACUGGUAUGUACUCCUACUUGA